AUGAAGCACCUAAGAUCUGUAUUCGUCGUUGCAACGAUACUCAUUACCUCGGUCAAAGCUCAAUUCUUUUACAAAGUUGUAAACCACGGUCAGGGCGCAGCCAUACCCGAAUAUCACGUCUUCAAAGUUGAUGGAGGAACGAUGUCCCCCGCAGGCGAAUUCCCAUUUGCGCUCAACGACUGUAGGGGCCACUACCUGCACUUGACCAACGAAAUGAUGGUCGAUGUUUGGCUCCAACGCGGGGAAGCUGAUACUGAGAUCGUGAAAUUGUCACCUAAUGCCGCGGUCGGUUUCUCCUACAACAAAGAAUACCCUUGGAUAGUAGCCACCAUCACCCAAAGAGAAGUGCCUCUUACUAGAGCCGAGUUUAGAGAAAUAGUAGAUCCGGUUGCCAAAAAGUUCCAUGAAAAAUACAACACAUCAGGUCUGAAGGGGUUAACCAAAAAAUUCAAGUUACUCUUGGGAUCAAAGUCACAAAAUUAA